GCACCACGGCCGUCCCACAGUGCCUUGCGGCCUACAGAGUGACGCAGCACUGCUGCGCAGCGUCAGGGUCCUUCUCUUCCAGCUGCCCUGCAAGACAAGUCGGAGGCAACAUGGAAGUGAAAGAUGCGAACUCUGCACUGCUCAGUAACUAUGAGGUGUACCAGCUACUCACUGAUCUCAAAGAACAGCGUAAGGAAAGUGGAAAGAAUAAACACAGUGCUGGGCAGCAGAACCUGAACACCAUUACCUUUGAGACACUAAAAUACAUAUCGAAAACACCAUGCAGGAACCAAAGUCCUGAGAUUGUCCGAGAAUUCCUCACAGCAAUGAAAAACCACAAGCUGACCAAAGCUGAGAAGCUUCAGCUGCUGAAUCACAGGCCAAUGACCGCCGUUGAGAUCCAGCUGAUGGUGGAAGAGAGUGAGGAACGGCUCACGGAGGAACAGAUUGAAGCCCUUCUGCAUACUGUCACCACCAUCCUGCCUGCGGGGCCUGAGGAUGAGCAGAAUAAAAACACCAGCCAAGACGUGGCAAUGGACGAGGAGGACCCAGCAUAGAAGUGCACAGCUGGCCAGACAUUUAUCAAGUUCAAAGGCCCAGCAGCCAUUUCCUGGAUGCUUAGAGGAUUGUCUGUUUGAUUUUACCCUCUCUCCCAACAGGCUUGAUUUCAGGGUCAGUUGGGAAAAUCACAAAAAUAAGCUGAAAAGAAGUAUUUGUGCCUCAGGGCAAAGAAACAUGGCAGAGAAGGGCAGAGAGGUCAAGGGGCGACUUGACUGUGGAACCUCUAGGGUGGAAACACUUCUCUGACCUCUGAGAAACUUGUGUACUGGUGGUGAGAUGCUCUGGCUGCUGUGAUGGGCUAAGUUGUGUGCAGUCAGUUUCACCUGCUUCCCAGGAACAUCCCAAGCAGGGCAGGGCACUGUUCAGGUGGGAGCUCACCUGUAAGAAUCUCCUCAGAUGGCAUUUGCUGUGCCAGAUGAAGUCAGCCCCUGAGCUUCGCCCUGUACAGGAAUUAGCUCCACAGCAACAGCAGAGAUGAGUGAAGGCGGUAGGAAGAGCCACCUGGCCCUUCUUACAGGCUUGCUGAUAGGUCAGAAAUACUAGACCCCUGCACAUUCCAGCAGAGGUACUGCAUGCUGAAUGACAGUGGUCAGACUUGACUUCCCCACCUGAGACAGCAGGCCAGGGCAGGCAGCACUUGCCGAGAGAGGUGUGAACUAACAGUAUUUGCACUGUUAAAAGCACUCAAAUUCCAGACCUAUUUUCACAAGCAGAAGGUGAAAACUAGAGACUGAUGAAUAAGAAUUUGAUCCUAUAGUCUCAUGAAGUUGCAUUGAUUUUUAAACUUAAAAUAUUAAAAUAAUUACCAUGUGAAGACCUUUGAAAGUUUAGUACUUAAGGCAUGUUGUUGCCUUAGGGAGGUCCUAGAAUGAUGCUGAAAAUCUGGUUUCUUACAUUCAUUGUUUCCUGUGUGAGGAAGAAAAUGGUCAUAAAUGUCACUUAAAUGCCUGUUGCCAGAUUACAUGUGCUCAGUACUGCUGUCACUUGCAUUAGUUUUGGCCCCUCUCCCCAGCCUUGUAGUUCCCAGUUUAUUUUUUACUUCCUGCUUACCCUACCCCAUCCUCAAGCAAUUGAUUGCAGCUCUGCCCACCUUAACCUUACCGUCUAAAACCACCUGACCAUUCAGUGGAAAUGCUGAGGACCUGGAUCUUAACAUGCAAAAUUAAAGUUUUGCCUUUAUGUAUUUGUAAGUUC